GAAAAUAUGUUUUUAAAGCGAGCGGAACGAGAUUUUCGGGUCGCGAGGCGGCCCAGCUAGCGAUAAAAUCGCGAUAAGUCUUCGAACCGCGGGCCAAAUUUUUAUAUAAGACGAAAGACUUCUUUGAAAGUCUAAAAUAUUACUUGAGAAUAUAAACAACAAAUCUCUGUCGGCGGUGCGGUCCGGAAGGAAAUCUUGUCGAGUCAAUAUGACAGUUCUAUUGUCUUUUGAAGAAAAAACAGAUGACGCUCGCGCGUGCGCAUAAUCGGGACACUGUCCCUUUAAUGGUCAUUAACAAUCGAAAGAACUGACAUUGCAUUUAUAAUGAAUGACCGCAAAGAAAUGACCUGCUAAAGUAGGCAUGAAGACAAACAAUGCACAUUCUCAUCAGGAAUUCGAGAUCUCCGACUUCUUCAGACCCCUUCAUUACUGACAAAUCGUUUGUUUAUGUUUCAGUCCUACUCUACACAAAAUAUUAUCUUGUAUUUUGACAACCAGUGGCCCGGUGUAUACCCUCAACCUGGCAUGGUGAGGCAUAAAAUGCUCUUGUUUCAGCUUAUUUCAUUCAGUGUUAUUGUUGUUGCUCUUGUCCUUUUGUUUUUAAGUUCCAGUGUAACUACACUACAAGGUAGCCCCUUAACGAUCUGUUGCGCAUAUAGACUGUUGCUACUUCGAUAUACGUUGCCUUUGAAGACCGAAACUUCUCAGGUGGAGUUUUCUCAUUUGAACUUUUUACAGGGGCACCCAACGAGAAUAUAGUUCAAAACCACUUAAACAUAGCAUUGUUAAACGUACUUUAGUAUUUAAACGGUAGAUAUAGUGAUCCGAAAAUUAUAGGGAUCAAAACUUACCUUUUCGAAAAUUUCAGCCACAAAAAAGGCUCGCGAAAAUUCUAGGUGACCUUUAAAGGGUAAAAAUUCGUUAAAAAUGGGCAAUUAUACCAUUUUUUAGAUGUAUAACUGAAAAAGAGAGAAUGUAUGAUAUCCUUUUUGCGGUUUGUUCAUUUUUUUUUUUGCUGUAUACUAUACAUAUGUAUUUCAUGCACUGUUCAUCGAACUGAUAUUAGCUAUAUGAUUAUUUGGCUAUAACCAAUGCAAGUUUCUUCGUUUUGUUGGGUAGUUUUGCCGUGGGAGGAAGCAACAAUUUGAUACGGUUAAGUUGACAACAUAUUUUUUAGAUUUUCAUUACUCAAAAUAAUAAUCCUUUUCGAAAUCUCAGCCUCGGGUUUACUCUUAAAAUAUUCUUAAAAUUUUGCAAAUUUCAGCCUCGAUAUUCUUAUCAAAUAUAUUCUUAUAGAAAAAAAAGAGUGUACCGUAAACCAAUAUGUGCCCCUCACUUAGUGAGCAAUCCCAGAUGGAGUAAAAAAUGUGGUAAAAACAACCAUAUUUACAACCGCGUUCUCAGGGCCAUUUCUCUUCUCUUCGUCUUGGGAGAUGAGGAAAAGUGUCAACCGUGCCGUGCUUCUACGGAUGUAGAGAGGCUAAAUCUUUACAGUGGAUCACGGCUGAUGCCAUUUUACUACUACGAUCAUAAUCCUUCAUGGUUUUGCUUUCUUGUGCAAAUUAGGGCUUUUUUAUUUAAACCUCGCUGAGAUAAGCAAAUGUUAAUGAAAGGAAAAACAAAAGGAUUCUGGUCGUAGUAGUAAAAUGACGCCAUGUUGCAAAUGGCCUAUUACGUUGGAUCGACGAUAUACCAAAGUGCCUGAAGAGACUGGAAAAUCGUCUGCAAAAAGGGGAUACGUUGUUAAGGUGGAUUGUCCCAUACAAAAUCCUUACAUUUUAUGGUAAACUUUUUUAACUUUCUGGGCUUAAGGUCGAGUUUUCUGUGUACUGUUAUGCGGGGCACAGGACAGAAACAAUCACUGCUUCAUGACAAACAAAAUUCCACCCGAGUACACUAACUAAACUGAAACAGCCUGCCUGAACUAGUUUUCAAAGUCUCCAAUUGAAAUUGUUUUUCACUGAAUCUUUUUUCGAUUUUUCCCAUCAGUGCAUUCUCUCUUAUUUGCUGUGUUGUUGAGAUGUGCAAGUAGCGAAUGUUUGAAACCAGUUUUUAAGGACCUCUACAGACUAGACAUUUAUAAUUGUCAACAACUAUUUUUUCGACAACUAAAAGUUAUGGACAACUAAAAAACGCAGUGUGCGAGGCGAGCUGUCGACAACUAAAUGUCUAGUCUGUGGAGGCCCUGAAGGCUGGAUUUGGCAAAAUUGCUUGAUUCUGCUAAUUAGGUUUAGUUUUGAUAAUUCAACGGUCAAUUCCGGCCUUGCCAUUUCUUUUCGUUUUUACAGGAGUGUAUUGAUAGGGAAAAUGGAGUGAACAGUGGAAAUAACCAAAUUAUUAACCUCACAACCAGUUACAUAUGGUCUGGAUGCAGUGAGAAGCAAGUGCAGACCGCUAAAUUUUUAAUAUGUAACGGUAAGAAAAUCUAAGUCAAGAUGGAUAUCUUGUGUAUUGAGUGUAAGCUCCAUGACUGCCCAAGUAACUCAUAUCACAAUGUAAUUUAGCCCCGAGAACGUUGACUUCCUGGACGUCACAAAUAACGACCGAAGGUCGAUCUUUUCCUUCCUUCUACUUUGGAACUCUCACCCGAUGACAGCCUCUCACUGCAGCCAGUGAAAAGGGAAAUCCACGGGGGGUACUCAAAAAAGUUUUAUACGGGGAGGCUCCGCCCCGAGGUCCAAAACCGUACCCUUACAUAUACUAUUUUUUGUCAGAGACAAGGUGCCCCAUUCGUAUACCUUCUAUUGACAAAUGGUACCCCUUUCACAUACCUUGUAAAUGCACUGUCUUUGAAACAUAAAUAAAUCACACAACAAAACGUUUUCUCGACUUCUUCAUAGUGAGUAAUAAAAUGCAUCUGAUAGCCCUUUUGGGCCUUUUUCAGACCGAAAUGACAGUUUUCCUUACCCUUUUAAAUACUUCAACUAGUGAAAUCAGUGCCGGAUCCAGACCUUGAGAUAAGAGGGGGGCGGUCUCCCAAAAACCUUUUUUCGGCCCUUCGGGCUUCAUUUUGGUCCAAAAAUAAGGGGGGGGGGCGCCAGGCCCCUCUCCUGGAUCCUCCACUGGAAAUCCCCACCCUUUCAUAUACUUGAAGCCUGAAAAGGGUACAGCCUUUGGACGGAGCUUUCCCGUAAAGGCCAUAGUAGGAAGUACCCCAACCCCCGAAAAACUCGUUGUGUCAGUCAGAAUCGUACCAUCAAGCGAAAGGAAAACAACAAUAUUUUGUGUGUGUUGAUGACGUCCAGGUUGUAAGCGUUCUCGUUGCUUAAAGGUGGCUUUGUCACGGGGAUACAGCUGUUUAAAAGUCAUUACUUAGUGCCUUCGCACAUACAUAAAAAUCUCGCGAGGGGGGGGGCGGGGCCAAAAGGGGUGGUUUUUGACCUCUUGUCAGUUUGUGUCUUGUGGCCUGAAAUAGGAAAUAGACUUGACCCAUACGUUUGGGUCUGAAAUGGGUAAGGUUUUAUACCCGACUGUCUUGAAUUGGGUAUUUUUUUUUUUACAAACACCGUAACCACUCUCAUUCGCCCAAUGUUUUGCUCUACGGACUCUUAAGAAAUGUGUUUUAAAGUUUAAUCUUCGUAAACAUAGCCUCCUAUGCAGACGUCCCUCUAGCUUCGUCACGCGUUCCUUCCCUACAAACGUUGGAGAGGAUUGCGGAACGCCUAAAACUUCAUAACCAUUUAACUGGUAUUUUUUUUCUUAGGCGAUCGUCGUUUCGUUUCAAGCCGUGACAGACGGUGGUAUAUAGCGCUAAGUAACUGCAAUUCACCUAAG